AAAAUUAUUAAUUUUUGUGGACUUUUGCGGUAAAAACCAUUCAAAAAAUUUAAAUUAUUGUUUCAUGGUAUUAAGAGUAAAAAUGUCUUCAAUGAAUUGCUCUGACCUAUCAAGAACCAGUAGUUACGAGAGAAAGCUUCGCUAUCGAGAAUUACUGGAAGAUUUAUCAACUAUAGAAGAUGAUGCAGACAAUGUACGUCAAAUGGAGAGAACAGCAGAGGUGGUCAGUGAGGCGCAUAACCUUUUGGCUACCGGAGGCAUUGAAGAGCGCGCCAAGCAUCCUGGUGAGAACUAUUUAGAUUCGCGCGUGCUGUGCGCGAGCAGUGACCACGCACUGCGCUGCUCCGAGGCAGUUAGUGGGAACAUGAACACAUAUGACAAACACCAGUUGGCACAACAUAUUCGAGAGAAUCCGGAGUUCUGGGAGUUCACAUUCCCACGAGAAGUACCAGUGGUAGCUUCGUUAUUUGGUACCUUCGCCCCCACUCCGGCGGAGCAGCGACCGCGAGCACCGCGCAGACGUGUUGAACGACAACAAGCAGCUGCGGUCAAGGCACCGGAGACUGUUGACAAAUUGGAUCGUACAGAGGAGGGUAGUGAAAUGGUGGGUCGGGCGCAGCGCUUUGUCAGCAAGGCGUGCCGCGCCGCGCCGCUGUGUUACUGGCGCGCUGUACUGGACCCGCACAGCUUCGCCCGCACCAUAGAGAAUAUAUACUAUAUCUCUUUCCUCGCCAGAGACGGCAUUAUUAGCAUUGAUAUCGAUGAGGAGUCAGGUCUUCCAUUCAUAAAGACUGUGUCUUCGGGAGAUCGCGAGCGCGGCGCAGGCUCAGCCAAUCAGUUCAUUGUCUCUAUAGACAUGCAUACAUGGAAGGAGCUGGUGGACGCGUUCAGGAUCGAAAGACCUAUGAUGGUGCUGAAGGGUCGUUGACAACAAUAUUAUG